GCUCUGCUGGUGUCGCCGCUGGCCGUGGGCCUGCUCGCGCUCUCGCUCGGCCAGGACGAGUGGGUCGCGCUGUCCUCGCGGCCCCCGCAUGCGCCGCAAGAGGUGGCCUGCCGCGUGGGCCUCGACAGCGCGUCGUUGGCAGCGCGUCCGGCCGCGGCGGCCGCCGCAGCUGCUGCGCGGCCGCCCGCGCUGCGCGUGCCGCCCGUGCCGCUGAG